UCCCGGCUGCGGUCCCACCCCCACGUCCAGACACUCGCUCUGGAGUAGCCGGUGAAAAGCACCAAGCUCCUUCUCCUUCACCUCCUCUUCUUCUUCUUCCUGCACUUUUGCGUUCACGUCGUGCUCACCUCCCGUCCACGUGCACCCUCGGCACACGCCUUUAGUCAAUAAUUUCUCUCACCGCCCGGUUAUCAUCCGCCGUUGGUUUUCACAUCUCGCCUUCUUAAGUUCUGUAACUCAUCCUCCUCGGCUCUUCACCAGCCUCCUCCACUCAUCACUAUCUUUCACGCUCGUCAUCCUUGACCCUCGAUCCUCCUCCUCCACCACCACCACCGCCGCUUGACAUCCCCUCCUCCUGUCGUCCACUUCGCCCCAUCUUCGCUCUCACGCCGCACCUCGCCCCAAAAGCGCAGACGCGUCUCGUCGCCUCGUUCGACGCCACCGCCAAAGCACUCGCAGACAUGGAGGCCAUCAAGAAGAAGAUGCAGAUGCUGAAGAUGGAGAAGGAGAACGCCAUCGACCGCGCCGAGCAGGCGGAGGCGGACAGGAAGGUCGCCGAGGAGAAAGCCAAGCAGAUGGAGGACGAGAUGCUGCAGCUGGAGAAGCGACUUCGUCUCACGGAGGACGAGCGCGACAAGGCUCAGGAGGAGGCGUUGACCCUGGAGGAGAAACUCCAGGAGGCCGACAGGAAGGCCACUGAGGCCGAGGCGGAGCUGGCGGGGCUCAACCGGCAGAGCCAGCUCAAGGAGGAGGAGCUGGAUCGCACCCAGGAGCGCCUCACCGUGGCGCUGCAGAAACUCGAAGAGGCCGAGAAGGCGUCCGACGAGAGCAACCGGGGCAUGAAGGUGAUCGAGACGAAGUCACUGAAGGACGAGGAGAAGCUGGAGGUGCAAGAGGUGCAGCUGAAGGAGGCGAAGCACAUCGCCGAGGAGGCCGACCGCAAGUAUGAGGAGGUCGCCCGUAAGUUGAUCGUGCUGGAGAGCGACCUGGAGCGGGCGGAAGAGCGUGCCGACCACGCCGAAACCCGCUCACGACGCCUGGAGGAGGAGCAUCAAGUUGCCCUUGAGAGUGUCAAGUCGCUCUUGGUGACCGAUGAGAAGUAUUCCCAAAAAGAAGACAAGUUUGAGGAGGAGAUAAAGGUCCUAAGCGAGAAGCUGAAGGAGGUGGAGCAACGGGCGGAGUAUGCGGAGCGGACAGUUGUGAAAUUGGAGAACAGCAUUGAUGACCUGGAGGAGCAACUGGCCAGAGCCAAGGAGGAGAACCUGGGAAUCAACCAGGUGCUGGACCAGACCCUGCUGGAGCUGAACAACAUGUGAACGCGCGCCCACUGUCGCCGUCCCCUCAUCCCCGCGUGGCUCCACACACACCACACACGGCAGUGCACGUGUUCGGCAGCCCUGGGGGGCCACGGGGCAACACGCAUCGCACCUCAAAGCAGUGUCAUUGGCAACUGUGGCUACUUGCUGGCUGGCCUCGGUUGGCCAGCGGUGGUGGACUGUAGCUAGGGUCAGCUGGCUGGAUAACAAUCAUGAAACAAAUCUCCCUCAAGCAAUUCAAUGAAAUGUCAUGAUUGGAGGUCCCCAUUCGUGUUGAAAUCACCGCAUUUUUAAGAUUAUAAAACACUCCGGAAAGUAAGACAGACCCCUCCCCGCUCCAAACUUGUGCCAGGUGUCAUUAAAGUAAAACAAAUAUGGUCACACACUCACCUACUGUUGUGUCUUGACCCUCCAGAGCAACCCUGCACUCACUCCUCAAUCAUACCAGAGGCAGAGAAGCUUCAACAUGAACGAGUGCUUUACUGAACGACUCCAGGAAGUGGCCCCAGAUUAUAAGAUGCACUUACAACUUUUGUCUUAAAUUAAAGGGCAAACGGUGUCUAGUAAUGUGGAGCAUAUGGUAAAAAAAAAAUCUCAUAUCAGUUCACUUGCAUUGUUUCUCUUUAUUCUGUGUUUUUAUUAGCAUAGAACUUUUUUUUAUAUAAUUUGCAUACACGCUGACGUCCUCCUGUAUGGCAGCACCAUACAGGAGGACGUCUAGGAUAAAAAGAAAAUUGUCUGGAACUGGGAAUUACUCUCCCAGAAGCGGACGGGCUAUAGCCCGAGAGUUGGAAGUGGGCCAUGAGUUGGCUGUCGGGUUGUACCGACCUGUCAGUAUUGUCGUGGCAUGAGGUCAAAAGAUAGUAAAAUAGUGGAUCAUUAAUUAUCAUGCAUAAAUCAUUGCAUUUAAAAAUGUUGACAUGAUGUUCAUUGAUUGCUCAUCAUAUAUCUAAUAUUGAAGGAUAGGCAUGCAAUGAUCCAUCAAUUACAACCGUUAUGCUUAACAUAUUGUAUUGAAGUGUUUGUAAAAAAACAUUGACGAUGUAUGCAAUUUAUACGCAAUUUUUAACAUUGAGACUACACAAGAGUACAAAUGAGAUAAAAAAACACGAAUUCCUGAAUUACUCAGAAUCAUGACAGUUAAUAAAAUUAUAUGGGAGGUGGGCGACCUGUUACAGAUUUGGCAAGUGUCCUCUACAUAGUGCCCGAUUGGUUUGUCCAAAUUCCACAGUUCUAUUUCUGUCGCCAGCAAACCAUUUUCGCAACGUUUAAUAUUAACAGUACGUUAACGGUGUUAAACACCACACAUGUUAUAACAAUCACCUGCCUAAGGGCAAUGAAUUUAAAAAUAUAUAUAUUUGAUAUGAUCCUAACUUUUGUUCCAAAAUCACCAACAUUGCUCAUAGCCCUUACCCGUUGUUAGCGUCAUCAAAAUGUAAAACUAUUUUGAGUUGCGAUGCUUUCACCCGCACAAUCCUUUAGACACAACACAGUUGCCUCUUUUGCCUUUUCCCCACAAUCAUCGAGAUGCAACGUACAGUUCACCGUCUUGCCUGCGAAACGGCUCAACCAGAACGCUCUGAAUCAACAGACUGCAGCGUGCCACGUGAUGGUCACCCCCAUGAAGGUUCCUUUAGUUGAAUGGAAGGCAUGCGUGCGUUACAUUGAAUUCACAGCUGUUUCGAGUUCAACCGGUGUUGAUGUGCACUGACACAAUCGUAUGCAUCCGCACAUGCAAUCUGCGUAACUGCAGCCGUCAGGUAUUUGGAUUAUGCAAUAAUAUAAAGUCACCUGAAUAUCACAAUGUAUUGUGCAUUCACAUAUUGUAGCCUCGGAUGUGUUCUUUGGUGUUGUCAAUGCAAACGUGUUUUAAGAUUAAAAGAAGUCUGCAUGAGCAACACAUGAAA